AUGCAAGGGGAAGAUAUAGAUCGAGCAGCCUUUCUAAGACUGAAAACCAAGGCUAUUUUCAAAAGAUUGGAGCGCUUAAUCAAAGAGUUGGCCUCAGACAAGCUGCACAGUAUGGACGAGUACAGUAUUUCGGCAACGCUAGAAUCUCUGGUCGAAUUGAAAUCCAACUUUUCUGUUGCGCAUACAAGCUUAGAGGAAUUAGAUUUUGACUCCAUAGCCAGCGAUUUGCCAAGCCACUUCGAUGCUGCUCUAAUCAACCUUAGGGCUAGCUUGCAACGCGAGAUAGGUAAACGUAGUACCUCUCAACAUUGCUCCAUGUUCAGGAUGAACUCCAGUGAAGCCCAAUCAAUCGUCGUGAACGCCAAUAGUUCACGUCUACCAUUACUAACGCUGCCUAAAUUUUGUGGGGCCUACACUGAGUGGACAAAUUUCUAUUCGAUGUUCACGUCAAUUAUCGACAAGGACAGCGACCUCACAAACAUCGACAAACUACAACAUUUGUGUUCCUGUUUGAGUGGCGCUGCCCUCGACACCGUGCGGUCACUGGAAAUAAGCAAUGAUAAUUAUAAAACUGCUUUAGAACUUUUGCAGAAGCGUUUCGAUAACAAACGUCUUAUAUUUCAGGCACACGUCAGGGAGAUAUUUGGGCUGAGCAAGGUGGAUUCAAACGUAGGCAUGCUCCGAAAGCUGACAGACAAGGUCACUUCACACAUUCGUGCAUUACAGUCGCUCGCAUCUAACGAGAAAAUUGCAGACUGCAUCAUCGUACAAAUGAUUUUCCAGAAACUUGACAAAACGACGCAGGCCAAAUGGGAGGAAACCUCUUCGAUCAGCGAGCUGCCAUCCUGGGAUCAAUUGACUGCAUUCUUGGAAAGGCGUUGCCGAAUGCUUGAGAAUGUUGAGCAUGCUGUUCAAGCACAGGACAAUCCGAACUCGCGCCUGGGGGAAGUUAAGAAGCUUGCACUUUGUCUUAACUGCCUCAAGGCUGACCAUCAAAUGCGGGACUGCAAAUCCGGAUCGUGCCGCACCUGCCAGUCGAAACACCACACGCUCCUGCAUUUUAACCACUCAACUGCUUCGUUAACCGAUAGUCAAGCCGAUGCUUCAUCGGUGGCCACAAUUCGAUCCAGUGCUAUGACUGCAUCGAUAUCUGCUUCGCUUAAUGCCCCCGUGUCUCCUUCUGAUGCUGUGCUCCUAGCUACUGCCGUCAUUCUUGUAAAAAAUCGUGCUGGAAUCUUCGUGUCCUGUCUUUUUGAUUCUGGUUCCCAGUUGCACUUCGUCACAACUCGCUUCGCAAAUCAACUUCAGCUAUUCAAAACAAAAGCUUCUGCUACAGUCUCUGGAAUUGGAGAUGCCAACUUCCCAACGGAAGGUUACUCACUCGAUCUCGUACUUAAGUCGCGGACUUCAGAUUUUUCAACAAGCAUCACUGCCCUUGUUGUGAAAACCAUCACCGACAAUCAGCCUGGCUGCUCCGUGAGCACCAACGAGUGGAAUGUUCCGUCGAAUAUACCACUAGCCGAUCCUGGAUUCAACUUACCACAGCGUAUUGAUCUGCUCAUCGGAGCAGGACUGUUCUUCGAUCUACUUUGUGUGGGUCAGAUACGCUUAGGAUCUGGUUUACCACUACUUCAGAAAACUCGUCUCGGAUGGGUGCUAUCUGGAGGUGGGCAACAAACUCCAAACCUGUCAUCAUUCGUCGUGAGGCAGAAAUCCUCCAGUGGUCUCAUUCCCAGCACUCGGCUGGACUAUUUAGUACGUCGGUUUUGGGAGAUCGAGCACAUUUUCGAACCGAUCUCUAAGGCCUCCCAAGAAGAUCUUGACUGCGAAGCCCACUUCCAGGGAAAUUAUUUUCGAUUGCCAUCAGGUGAAUACUCUGUUCGUCUGCCCUUAAAACGCAGCAUGGAUGCCCUAGGAGACUCCUAUUUACAAGCUCGUCAACGCUUUCAAGGUCUGGAACGAAAAUUCGCCCGUAACCCUGAUCUAAAGGCAGAAUACAGUAAGUUUAUUAAGGAAUAUCUGGACCUCAACCACAUGUCGCUGGUUUCCAACGAGGUUGUACAACAAUGCAAGUACUUCCUGCCACAUCAUUGCGUUAUCAAGGAUGACAGUAGUACAACAAAAUUGAGGGUGGUUUUUGAUGGAUCUGCAACCACUACCUCAGGUUUUUCGUUAAAUGACCUACUCAUGGCAGGCCCAACUAUUCAACCGAAGCUUUUUCAUAUUCUCAUUAGAUUUCGUACUUUUCCUAUAGCACUUACUGCAGACAUCUGUAAGAUGUAA